CGGGAAGUCAUGGCUUAAAAGUAUAUUGCUAGAAUAGUGAAGUAAUAUAUGGGCACAGGUUUUCCACUGCAUCAUUCCCAUCAACAGUCAUAAGCGCUGUAAUGAUCUGUAAUGGCAUCUGCCAGUUCGAGUAGAACUGGGAUUGGCCCAACCUCAGAAAAAUCACAGUUGACCUUAAAAGUUUUAUCAGCAAAGCCCCAGUCCCCCAAAGCACCCAGCAGAAACUCCCGAAUCAACUCCUUUGUGGCAGUCACCCCAGACGGACUAUCAAGUGAGACCAAAAAGACAGGAAGACGUAGCGGGAAUCCUGAGCUCCAGUGGAAUGAAAAUCUCACUUUGAAUGUUACCCCCCAGAGCCGUCUGGACCUGAAGCUGUGGAGCUGUCACACACUGAGAAACGAGCUCCUCGGGAGUGCCUCCAUUGACGUCUAUGACACUUUAAAGAGCAACAAUGGCAAAAUAGAGAAUAUUCAGCUCAACCUGAACCUACAGACGGAGAACAAAGGCAGCCUUGUGUCGGGCGGAGAGCUGACCGUGUGCCUGGAUGGACUGGCUGUUGAUCUAGGAAGUUUGCCUAAUGGCAGCUCAGUGACAGACAAAUCACAACAUGAUGAAAAAGACAACGCCAACACAAUCCAAAGUGAUGAUGAGUCUCAAAACCUGCUCCCUGCCACCAACACCCCUGGAGCCAGAGAAAGAACACACAGCCACUUGCCAGAAAGUUCCCGAAGAGGGUCAGCGGGUAAUGGAGACAGUGCUGGGAACAGCAAACAGAGUCCCAGUACCAGGAACAGACACGGACAGACAGCCAAGAGCCUCUCUAACCACUCCAGCAGUAGUGUUUCAGUGGAUGGGGAGGUUGCUGUCAAUGGCACUGAAAGUGGAAGAGGCAGUCCAGUGUGUCCACCUCCUCCAUCACCCUCCGUGUCUCUCUCCACGUCUCUGUCUGCCAGCCCUCCCCCCAGCCCAGCCAGCACCGAGGUAGGAGAACCUGUCCGCACGGCCACCACCGAACAGCCUGCUGCAGCAAACCAGAACCUCGAAGCCCUGCCAACUGGGUGGGAACAGAGGGUUCUUCCCAAUGGAAGAGUAUACUAUGUUGAUCACAACACAAAGACCACCACUUGGGAAAGACCUCUGCCGCCUGGGUGGGAGAAACGUGUGGAUCAGCGUGGCAGGUAUUACUAUGUGGACCACAACACCAGGACUACCACAUGGCAGAGACCCACGGCCGAGACAGUACGCAACUACGAGCAGUGGCAGUCCCAGCGAAACCAGCUGCAGGGAGCCAUGCAGCAGUUCAGCCAAAGAUUCCUCUACCAGUCCUCUGGUGUCACUACCGACAAUGAUCCACUCGGCCCCCAACCUCCAGGCUGGGAGAAACGUCAAGAUAAUGGACGGGUGUACUUUGUUAACCACAAUACGCGCACCACACAGUGGGAGGAUCCCAGAACCCAAGGGAUGAUUCAGGAGCCACCUCUCCCCCCGGGUUGGGAGAUGAAAUACACCAACGAAGGGGUUCGCUAUUUUGUCGACCACAACACUCGCACUACCAGUUUUAAAGAUCCACGACCUGGAUUUGAUUCAGGUUCAAAACAAGGUGGUUCCCCGGGAGUGUAUGAUCGGAGUUUCAGGUGGAAGUAUCACCAGUUCCGGUUUCUGUGUCAUUCUAACGCACUUCCAAGCCAUGUGAAAAUCAGCGUCUCCAGGCAGACUUUAUUUGAAGAUUCCUUCCAGCAGAUCAUGAAUAUGAAAGCGUAUGACUUGCGUCGCAGGUUGUAUAUAAUAAUGCGUGGAGAAGAAGGGCUGGAUUAUGGAGGCAUUGCAAGAGAAUGGUUCUUCCUGCUAUCCCAUGAGGUCUUGAACCCCAUGUAUUGUCUGUUCGAAUACGCAGGGAAGAAUAACUACUGUCUGCAGAUCAAUCCUGCCUCCUCCAUCAACCCUGACCACUUGUCCUACUUCCGCUUCAUAGGCAGAUUCAUAGCCAUGGCUCUGUAUCAUGGUAAAUUCAUCGACACAGGUUUUACUCUGCCAUUCUACAAAUGCAUGCUGAAUAAAAAACCAACUCUGAAGGACCUGGAGUCGAUUGACCCAGAGUUCUACAAUUCCAUUAUGUGGGUCAAAGAGAAUGAUCUGGAGGAGUGUGGGGUGGAGCUGUUCUUUGCUCAGGACAUGGAGAUACUGGGAAAGGUGACAACACAUGAACUGAUAACAGAUGGGGAGAACAUGCUGGUGACGGCAGAGAACAAGGAAGAAUACAUCAGACUGCUCACAAACUGGAGGUUCACUCGAGGUGUGGAGGAGCAGACCAAGGAUUUCCUGGACGGGUUCAACGAGGUGGUCCCUCUCGAGUGGCUCAGAUACUUUGAUGAAAAGGAGAUCGAGUUGAUGCUCUGUGGGAUGCAGGAGAUAGAUCUGAGUGACUGGCAGAAAAACACCAUCUACCGCCACUACACCAAAAACAGCAAGCAGAUUCAGUGGUUCUGGCAGGUGGUAAAGGAAAUGGAUAACGAGAAGAGAAUCCGCUUGCUGCAAUUUGUAACAGGAACCUGCCGUCUACCUGUUGGCGGCUUUACAGAAUUGAUAGGGAGUAAUGGACCCCAGAAAUUCUGUAUUGAUAAGGUGGGGAAAGAGACCUGGUUACCUAGAAGUCAUACUUGUUUUAAUCGACUGGAUCUGCCUCCCUACAAAAGCUUUGAACAGCUGAAGGAGAAACUGCUUUUUGCAAUCGAGGAAACAGAAGGGUUUGGCCAGGAGUGAAGCACGUCUGAUAGUGUUUAGAAACACAGAAAGAUAUGCAGAGUGGAAUAUUGGUGGUGGUGGUGGGUGGGUGUCUUAAUUUCUUUUAGAAGUUAAAGCAAAGAACCAUGUGGUGUGGCAUUGGAGUAAUACAAUAUACCCAAGCAUACAAACAUAUAUCUUCUAUGGGCUUCUCUAAUCACGUUCCUGAUGGCAAUAUUGUUGAACGAGAGCCAUUCCCAAAACUUGGUGUCUUUAACAAGCAGCGGCUGGUACAGAUUCACUUCAGAUUUUAUAUAUAUAUAUAUAUAUAUCAACUUUCUUCCACCCGUAAAUCUUAACUCUGUCUUAAGUUCUGAAUAAAACCAAAGAAACAUUGUUGAAACGUUUGUUAGCUGGACUAAAAAGUUCCUUUUAGUUGUAUUCAUAAGAACAUAAGAAAAUGUACACACACGUUGGGUCUCAAAGUAUCCAAGUGAUUCUGCCUCAACAACAUGACUAGAUAACCCAUUCCAUACCCUCACUUACUCUCUGUGUGAAGAAGAGACCUAAACAUUCAAUCCUCACCACCCCAUGUUUUUCAUUUAUCAGCCUUUGUAUCAGAAGUCAAAUCCUUCUAAUGUCAGUGUAGUAAGGCACCAUACUGAUGUAGUCCUAUUUUUUUCAAAUUUUAAAGUAAUGUACAAUUAUUUAUACAAAUAUUAUUAUAUUUAAUACAUUGCUUAAUAGGCCUCCACCCCGCUAUACCAGGUGAUGUGUUGCGGCUACAAAACUCUUAGCUCCAUAUAGUCAUGAACCAGUGUAUCCGAUAGUCACCUAAUCACGGAACAAUUCCCACAUUUGACUCGGUGGCUUGUAAGUUGUUUUAGAGUUGUAAUUGUAUGUUUAUUCCUGUCAGAUAAUUCGGAGUCAAAAGCUUUGAGAAUCUGGCCCAUUGUUAUGUCUCCUGAGCGUCCUCAUUUCUAAGAAGAUUCAUGUGUUGUUGAAAUAUGUCUUGCCGCUGCACAGCAAGAGAGAAUAAAUAAGCUGUUUAAGCUUUUGCCGGCGCUACUCGCUGGUGUUUUCAUUUUUUAUUUGGAUCAGUUCUAUUCAGUGAGUACUGAAUGUCUGGAUCACAGCAGUGUCUAGUCAUUGUUUUGUUUGUCUAUGAUGUGUGUCCCUCUUGGGUAGUGAAACUGAUUGCCUUUUAACAUAGUUACCUACUCAGGUAAUCGGGAUAGGCACCGGAUUUAGUACAUUAUUUACAUUGUUUAACUUUAAAGACAUUGAAAUAUUUCUGCACAGUGGUGUUUAGUAGAAUUAUAGAAACUGAAUGUCUUUGUGUUCAUUGUGACCUCAUCAGAGAGUCUACCAAAAACUAGCUGUGCCAUAUAUUCAUCUGGUACCAUUCUUUUAAUAAAUAAAUACUCUUUUUAUGGCAAAUGACAUAAUUGAGCUGCUAACAAGUAUGUUAUACCCAUCCACCUCCUUUUAGUAUUUUUAACAUGUUUCGUCAGACCUAGUAAGCAGUUAAAUAUGAGUUUGCUGCCUACAGAUAUUAAAAUAGCUGGAAUGACCUUUCAAGGAUUUGUAAUGCACCGCCUGUCCCAGUUGCACUUUUUUUAGGGUACUAAUUGUAUUUAAUUAAACAUCAUGUGACACAGAACACAACUUAUAGCUGCUGCCGUUUGGAGACAAUAUGUUAGUAAAUUACUGAACGCCACCCCGCCCUGUAGUUUACAGAAUUGCUCGCUGGAAGUGAGCUCCCCAGUGAUGUCACUGCAGAGCCACCCUUCCUGAUUAGACUGCUGAUUGAGGAGGGGGCCCAAAAACAGCAAACUCGUUAUGCAAACCCCCUUUGUUUGUUGUUCAAACCAAUUUACCAUUUCAAGAAACUUCUUUUAUAGCUGCAUGUUUGCAAGGUGGUAGAAUGCUAUUAAGAACCAGCUUACCGCCUGCUCAUUUCCUGGGCAGUACCCAAUAAAAAUAUCUUCCAGACUUUGUAACUUUAUUAGGUCCUAGUACAGCCUAUAUACUGUGAAGCUGGGAGGAGCCUAAAAGCCAAAGCUUCAACAGGAGACGGCGUCUCUACGCAUGCUGCCUUUGUGGACACUUUGCUGACAGUAACUCUUAAUGACAGUAGAUGAUGAACCACCCUACAAAGACAACUUUUGAUAGCCAUUUGCUGGUAUUUUGUCUGUUGUGCCGUUUCGAAGGUAAAAAGGCUAUUUUAAUAUAGUCAAUUAGUUUAAUGUAGACUGCCAGGUUAAAAGAGAGAUUCUUCCUUAAUUUUAAAUGUGACUUGUUAUAUUUACAUGAUGGACUUGCAUAACCACUAAGAAACAUUCAAUGCAGAGCCAGUUCAACAUCCUUCAGUCUCAAUUCCUGCCCGUCACAGAAUUAUUUAAAUGUUAUUGCAGAGAUAUCACAGCACUCAAUUCAACAUGCUCUGUAACCCUAAAGCAGUGUACUGUCGGACUGCUUACCAGCCUGUUUUCAUAAACCGUUGGUUGAUCAGUUUAAACUUUCUUCUGUUUUGUUUUUUGUAAAGCAGCAAAAGAAAGGGAUUCAAGUGUGAUGUUACUUGGCUAAUGUUUAGUGGCUGCUGCCUUGGAUACUGAAAUUUGGCAAAACAAGCAUAUUUAAGUACUGCUUUUCAGUAGACAUCGGUCACAUUUGAAAAUCCCUGCUUUGUGGAACUACUUUCCCAAAGAGUUGAGUUUAAGCAAAAUGAAGUGCCCAUGCUGUAACUAUUAUAUAUGUCCUAUUUCUUCCUGUUAAGAAUGUAAUAAAAUUAUUCUGAAUUGAUGGUAGAAAACUGCAGCCUUGUGUUAGUAGUCGACUGUGGUUAAUUGAGUAUAAUAUCUAAUAGAAAGUGGUUGUUGGCAGGAUAAACAGUUUAACAUAUUUAAAUAUGGACCUGUCAGAUUAAGACAGAGAGGAAAGUUCCUUAUUGUUUUCAGCCUUUUUUCAUAGGGUGUGUGUAUCUUAGCUUUCAGAGUUUAAGUCCACCCUACUUAUUUAACUUUUUUUUUUUUUUUUUUUUUUUUUUUUACUUUUUUUGUUUAAUGAGCAAAACAAAUGAUUUCUCUUGAAUGCAGAGGUCAAGUGCAAAUGCAACAACAUCAAGAACUAUACAAAAUGUAAUAAAGUUGAAAUAAGAGAAUUGAUACCAGGAAUUAUGACUUGGCCACAGGUUCAGUCCCAGUCUAUUUGUUUAUUUAGCAGAUGCCUUUAUCCAAGGCAACUUACAGAGCCUAAUGUGGGUGAACUAUGCAUCAGCUGCAGAAUCACUUUCAAAAACGUCUCACCAGGAAGAUGGAGCACAAGGAAGUUAAGUGACUUGCUCAGGGUCACACAGACAGUCAGAGAGUGAGCUGGGAUUUGAACCGGGGACCUCCUGGUUACAAGCCCUUUACUUUAACCACCAGGGGCCUUUAAUUGGGCCUUUAAUCUGAAGAACUGAAUACCCCUCUUUAAUUUUGGCAAAGUGAUUAAAUAUUGCACAGAUUGCCAGUAUUCAGGUAAAUCUAACCCAGACUUUGCUGCAAGAAACUGGUUUCAGUUACUGAAAAUGAGCAUCAGCUUUGGAAAUUAUGUGAAAAAUAAAAAGGUUUAAUAUAAAACUCUGCCUUACCUUUGGUUAAAUUUGUGUUUCUUUGGUUAGGAUACCAUACGGUGCUUGGUUAACACAUUAACAAUGCAGAUACACUCAGUGUACAGAUUAUGUAUGUAAUGUUGCCCCUAAUUGUAAAAGAACCAAAUAUAUAAGAUAUACUUUGGGUGUUAAAUAUAAUUGCAAAUAUAUGUAUGUUGUACUGGUAGCAAGGAAUACACUGAGGUUUCUUAGGCAGUGAAAGUAUAACAAUGACGUGGGAACAAUGAGACAUACAGUUUAGUACAUAUAACUCCUACAUAAAAGAAGUGUGAAUAUAUCAGAUAGAAAUAAUAAUUUGCUUCUUUUAAAUGCUAAAAUAUAUUUCCUUUUUAAAUGUACAGUUGAAAAGCUUUUGUGACAUGAAGCCUUUUCUAUGUGAACUGCAGUGUUAUGAUUAAAAAAAAAAAAAAAACAUUUAGAAAUUUGCUGUUAUGGCUGUUAAGUAAAUUUGAAAUGAAAACGGGAUGUGUAUAAUAAUAGAUUUAUCAACAGCUCUUAUAUGCCACCAACCUGUGUCUGUAUAGUAAAAUGACUCGUGCAAUAAAAGUUAUUACAAUG